AUGAAUUCCUCAAGAAUCACAUCAGAAAAUAAACUGAAAAUAACUGAAAACUCGAUACCAAAGAUCAGCCCUGGAAAUUAUCAUAUUCUAAAGAAGGGAAGUAAUCACAACUUCGAUAUUUUCAGAGAGGAAAAAUCUCAAAAUAUCCAGAACCUUCAACAAUCCAUAAGAGAAAGACCUUCAAGUAUGAACCACUCCAGAUCAGUCAUGAAUAAAUAAAAAGAUAUUUGACAAAAUAAAUUUUAUCAAGAAAGUUAAUUUCAAAUACACACUAAUCUCAAAAUACAAUAACUCAGGUGAGAGAAGACUCAGGUCUUCAGCAGGCUUCCGAAAACAACUUAAUUUAAUCCAUCCAGACAGAGAUCCUACAGAGGAUGUUAGAGGGAUUGAUAUCAAACUAGAAAAAUCAGACUGAUUCAAGAAACCUCACAGUGCUUCAAUGGGUAGAAAAUCUACAAUGAAACGACAUAAAAGAAAAUUCAAGAUUUCCCGAAGAAGAUUCAAAAAUAGAUCAAGACGAAACAGAUUUAUCUUAGAUCUCAAAGUUAAGAAACUAAAAUAG